AUGGGGUGGCCGAAAGGACUAAUCUGCUCUUACUUAACGACUGCCGAACAUUACUCACUUCCGUUCAAACUCCCUGAUGAUUUAUGGUUUUAUGCUGUUAAAUUCGCCACUUUAAUGCGAAAUUCAAUAGUAACCACAAGCACAAAGGAGUCACCAAGAGCAAAGGCCGGUCUGACAGGACUUGAUAUUAGCACAGUCCUACCAUUCGGACAACCAGUAAUCGUGAACAAACCCAAAACAUUCAGCAAGCUACACAGCAGAGGUUGGAAAGGAUACGCUCUGUGCCCAUCAUCAAUAUCAUUCGGAUACCUCAUCUACGUGCCCGGGGCACCUCAAGAUAUAAUUGACACCCGCCACUACCGAGCUAUCCGUGAUGAAGUAGGAACCUAA